GGUCACGUGACCCACACAAUGGCUGAGCACCUACUUCAGGCUUCCCGGCAACGCCAAGUGAAAGCCAUGACGGCCGCCGCGGGUUCGGCGGGCCAAGCCGCGGUGCCCCUGCUGCUGUGCGCGCUGCUGGCGCCCGGCGGCGCGUACGUGCUCGACGACUCCGAUGGGCUAGGCCGGGAGUUCGACGGCAUCGGAGCGGUCAGCGGCGGCGGGGCAACCUCCCGACUUCUAGUAAAUUACCCAGAGCCCUAUCGUUCUCAAAUACUGGAUUAUCUCUUUAAGCCAAACUUCGGUGCCUCUUUGCAUAUUCUAAAAGUUGAAAUAGGAGGUGAUGGGCAGACAACAGAUGGCACUGAGCCCUCCCACAUGCACUAUGCAUUAGAUGAGAAUUAUUUCCGAGGAUACGAGUGGUGGUUAAUGAAGGAAGCUAAGAAGCGGAACCCUAAUAUCACACUCAUGGGGCUGCCAUGGUCGUUCCCUGGAUGGCUGGGGAAAGGUUUCAACUGGCCUUAUGUAAAUCUUCAGCUGACUGCCUACUAUGUCGUGACCUGGAUUGUGGGCGCCAAGCAUUAUCAUGAUCUGGACAUUGAUUAUAUCGGAAUUUGGAAUGAGAGGGCAUUUGACAUCAAUUAUAUCAAGGUGUUAAGAAGAAUGCUGAACUAUCAAGGUCUCCAGCAAGUGAAAAUCAUAGCGAGUGAUAAUCUCUGGGAGCCCAUUUCUGCUUCUAUGCUGCUUGACUCUGAGCUCUUGAAGGUGAUUGACGUUAUAGGAGCUCAUUACCCUGGGACCCGUACAGUAAAGGAUGCUAGGUUGACUGAGAAGAAGCUUUGGUCUUCUGAAGAUUUUAGCACUUUAAAUAGUGAUGUGGGUGCAGGCUGCUGGGGUCGCAUAUUGAAUCAGAAUUAUAUCAAUGGCUACAUGACUGCCACAAUUGCUUGGAAUUUGGUGGCUAGUUACUAUGAACAGUUGCCAUAUGGGCGUUGUGGACUGAUGACUGCUCAGGAGCCAUGGAGUGGGCACUAUGUAGUAGAAGCUCCUAUCUGGAUAUCAGCUCAUACCACUCAGUUUACUCAACCAGGUUGGUAUUACCUGAAGACAGUUGGCCAUUUAGAAAAAGGAGGAAGCUAUGUAGCUCUGACGGAUGGCUUAGGUAACCUCACCAUCAUCGUUGAAACUAUGAGUCAUAAACAUUCCAUGUGUAUACGGCCACUUCUUCCCUAUUUCAAUGUUUCACAACAAUUUGCUACCUUCAUUCUUAAGGGUUCUUUUAGUGAAAUACCAGAGCUGCAGGUGUGGUAUACUAAACUUGGAAAACCAUCAGAGAGAUUUCUUUUCAAACAACUGGAUUCUCUAUGGCUCCUAGACAGCGGUGGCAGCUUCACGCUGGAACUGCGAGAGGACGAGCUGUUCACACUCACCACGCUCACCACCGGCAGCAAAGGCAGUUACCUGCUGCCUCCGAAGUCCCAGCCCUUUCCCUCUGUCUAUAAGGAUGACUUCAAUGUCGAUUACCCAUUUUUUAGUGAAGCUCCGAAUUUUGCUGAUCAGACUGGUGUAUUUGAAUACUUUAUGAAUAUUGAAGACCCUGGAGAGCAUCGCUUCACACUGCGCCAGGUUCUCAAUCAAAGGCCCAUUACUUGGGCUGCUGAUGCAUUCAACACCAUCAGUAUUAUAGGAGAUUACAAAUGGUCCAAUUUGACUGUAAAGUGUGAUGUGUACCUAGAGACCCCUGAGAAGGGAGGUGUGUUCAUUGCUGGAAGAGUGAAUAAAGGUGGUAUUUUGAUUAGAAGUGCCAGGGGAGUUUUCUUCUGGAUUUUUGCAAAUGGAACCUACAGAGUUACAGGUGAUCUAGCUGGAUGGAUCAUAUAUACUUCAGGACAUGCUGAUGUUACAGCAAAAAAAUGGUAUACACUCACUUUAACUAUUAAUGGUCGUUUCUCUUCUGGCACGCUGAAUGGCAAGCCUCUCUGGAAAAACGUCUCUGUGAACUUUCCGAAGAAUGGCUGGGCCGCGAUUGGAACUCACUCCUUUGAAUUUGCACAGUUUGACAACUUUCGUGUGGAAGCCAUACACUAGUACUCACAGAGUGCCAUAGAACACUCUCUGGAUUUUCUUUCUUUUUGGUUUUGGUUCAGAGCCAUUUCUGGUUUUGAGGGAUCAAUAUAGGAGCCUUUUGGAAGCUAUAAAUAAUGGAGAGUAAAUGAGGAGAAAAAUACAUUUUUGCUUCAUCAUCUGGAAGAUUUUUUUUUUUUAGAAUUCCAAGGGGAAACAGAUGAAUCUUUAAUAUGACCUGAUACGUCCCAUAGAUAGGACACUAGGUACGUUGGUCCCGUCCUGCAGAGUGGUUUGGGUGUUCAGACCUUGAAGCCUUGUGUUAAUGCUGAGGUAGCUCUCGUCAUCUUAUUUGCAUGUGAUCAUGCGGAUGACAAGGACUUGAUCAUCACUGUGAUGUAUCUGUUCAUGCUGACUGUGUGUCUAGUGAGCUGGUGUCCUCGUCAUGGGUAAUGCUGCUGUAACAGGAAGUUGAGGAACACUGGAAAUACUGCUUUUUUUGUUGUUGUUGUUGCUCGUAUUACCUUUAUUUUAUUUUUAUUAAAAAAAAUUUUUUUUAAACGUCUUUAUUGGAGUAUAAUUGCUUUACAAUGGUGUGUCAGUUUCGGCUUUAUAACAAAGUGAAUCAGCUGUACAUUUACGUAUAUCCCCAUAUCUCUUCCCUCUUGCGUCUCCCUCCUUCCCACCCUCCCUAUCCCACCCCUCUAGGUGGUCACAGAGCACCGAGCUGAUCUCCCUGUGCUAUGCGGCUGCUUCCCACUAGCUAUCUGUUUUACAUUUGGUAGUGUAUAUAUGUCCAUGCCACUCUCUCACUUUGUCCUAGCUUACCUUCCCCCUCCCCAUAUCCUCAAGUCCAUUGUGUAGUAGGUCUGCGUCUU